AUGUCUGGACUGGAAGGCCUAGGCAUCGUUGCAAACGUCAUUGCUGUGGUAGACUUGUCUCUCAAAGUCAUCUCGUGGUGCUCCAAAUACGCCCAGGACGUCAAAAACUUCAACGACAGCCGCGCUCGGCUUCUGCAGGCAACUAUCACCUUGCAUUACGAGUCUGGGAAAAUCCACAAUCUACUCACUGGAAAAAAGAAUGGCAGCAGACUGGAAGCUUCUCAGAAGCUUGCCCAGGUUAUGGGAAGCAGCAAGGUGAAGUUGCGCGAGCUUGAGGAUCUGCUGUCCGACAAUGCCAAUUGUUCAAGCCCCAAAUGGCCGCUGCGGAAGGACAAGGCUGAAGCCGCUAUUCGAAACAUCGAAAAUACGACAAAGUCCCUAUUGGAAGUUCUUCAGGUUGACACGACAGGCAUCAUCCUUGACAUCGAUGAUAGAACAGAGGCUAGCCAGCGAAGGGCUGCAAUCGAUCAAUUGCCAUAUGUUAGUGAUGCAGUUUGGGACUCACAUGCCGAGGAGCAUAACACCACCUGUUUGGAGAACACCCGUGAGGAUAUUCUGCGGACGAUCAUGGAUUGGGCUGAAGACGCAACUGAUCAGUCCAAAACGGUGUUCUGGCUGUACGGCAUGGCGGGCACUGGAAAAUCCACCAUCUCACGCACAAUUGCCCGCUCCCUAUCCAAGGCUAGGAGGUUAGGCGCGUCCUUCUUCUUCAAACGUGGCGGACUGAAGGAAGAUAAAAUAUCAAAAUUCGUCCCAACUAUUGCACGUCAACUUGCAGCGAACCGACCGGCUCUCGAAUCUUAUAUCUAUAAAGCGGCCCUACAUGACCCAACUAUCGCGAGCAAGGGCGUCAGAGCUCAAUUCGAAAGACUCAUUCUAGAGCCCCUCUCUCAAAGUUCAAUCGAGACCCAGGAUAAAACGCCUAUCACUAUUGUCGUCGACGCACUGGAUGAAUGCGAAUCUGAUGCUGAUAUUCAUCUCAUAAUUAACCUCUUUUCUCGCACAGGAGAAAUAAAGAAACCAUGGAGCAGAAUAUUUGUAACGAGCCGCCCUGAUCUUGCGGUUCGUCUAGGUUUCAACGACGUGCAGGGAGCCUAUCAAGACCUGGCCCUUCACGAGAUAUCCGCUCAAGUAAUAGAACAGGACAUAUCAACAUUCUUGCAACACGAAGCAAAUCUGAUCAAAAGGAGAUGGAAUUCUUCAAUUGCCGAGGGACGUAAAUUGCCCGUCGACUGGCCUGGAGAUGCCUGCAUCAAGCUCCUCACAGAACGGGCAGCACCUCUCUUUAUCUUCGCCGCAACAGUAUGCCGUUUCAUAGCAGACCGCAGGCAUGGCAGCCCUGAUGAGCAGCUACAGAGAUUCCUGGAAUCUUCGGCUGAAGAUACUUCGUCUCGGAUGGAACUUACCUACGGGCCAGUCCUCGGUCAGCUGCUUGGUUCGCAUUGUUCCAAACGCAAGGAGACGAUCAUUCACGAAGUCAAGCGAAUUGUCGGUACCAUAAUUAACCUCGCUACCCCUUUAUCAUCAUCCGCACUUUCGAGACUCGUGAGGAUUGACCAGAAAACGAUCGAUGUCAGGUUAGACUUUCUCCAUUCAGUUCUGAGCAUCCCUCCCUCUUCAAGUGAACCCAUUCGAAUGCUUCAUUCAUCCUUUCGGGACUAUAUGAUGGACCCAGAUAUUGAAUGCAAUCCCUUUCGGAUCGAUGAGAAAAAGUCUUCAAGAGAGCUAGUCGGAGACUGUUUCCAAGCGAUGGAGAGUCUCAAAACCGAUGUCUGUCGUCUGGGGAUCCCAGGCCAGUGGCGUUCGACACUAAGGCCCGAGGUCAUCGACGAACGUCUGCCCCCAGAGGUUCAAUACGCAUGCAUUUACUGGAUAGCACACCAGCGGGUUGCAGGAAUUGCUUCUGGAGAUGCCGCUGCCAUACUCAACUUUUUGGAGAAGCAUCUGCUUCACUGGAUUGAAGUCAUGAUCCUCCUCGGUGGGGUCUAUAUGAUCACCGGAUUGAUCAGGAGUCUUAAAUCCGUCCUGGAAAGAAAGUCUGCUGUUGAACUGAAGUUGAUCGAUUUCCUCGACGAUGCAAUCAGAUUCGUUGACACAGAUACCGAAGUAAUCAACUUAGCACCCUUACAGCUAUAUCACUCUGUUUUAGUGUUUGCGCCUACAAAUAGCAUCGUUCGAAAGACCUUCGCCGCUGAAAUACCGACAUGUUUGAGACGUGUGACAGGCAGAAGAACCGACUGGGAUCCGCGACUGCGUUCGUUCGAGAAUUCUGCGCCCACAUUGUGGCACCCUGGAGACAGACGCUCUACUGUGUUCUCACCUAACUCUGAAAUAUUAUACUCUGUCUCCAACAGAGAAUAUGUCAGAGCUUGGAGAUGUGACACAGGUGAAUUUAUCGAGGAGUUGGAGACAGAUCAAAACUCUUUGAUGGCUCUUUCUCCCAAUGGAGAAUACCUAGCAGUGACCACCUCCGAGCACAAGAUAAGCUUAUUCUCGGAUACAAUAGCACAUAUUCUAGAGCUACCACAAGACAGACGUCUCGGUGAUUUAGCCUUUUCACAAGAUUCUGCACUACUAUGGGUAUGCUCAAUCAAGGGGCAAGUGAAAGCCUGGAAUGUGGCAACGGGUGAUUGCGUGAGAGAUCUCAAAUGCCCAUGGGGCGUGAAAAUUGACACCAACUCUCCCGAGACCUACAGGUGUCAGUUGAAGUUCUCAAUGAAUCAAUUCACCGCUCUGCUUAUUUCGGACUAUGUCGAUGCGCAUGUUUGGUUUCCUGAACUCGGUGAGGAAGCAAAGUCCUUUCACAUAGCGCUUUCAAACGAUGCCAUUGACAACCCCAGUGACUUUUCGCCAGAUGGGAAAGUAUUGGCUACACCUUCAGCACGAAAUUCAGUAAUAAAGAUCUGGGAUAUCCCAACAGGCCAGUGUUUAUGGGAUUUGGAGGAGGAGAAUGGUAGUAGCAUGAUGGACUUCGUCUUUUCGCCAGACUCAGGCCUCGUGGCGACAGUGUAUGCCAACGAAUCAAUAUUGGUAUGGGAUAUACGGAGUGGAAAGUGUUCAGCAAAACUGAACGUCGGUCGUCGCCUCUCAUUUCCCGGUAUUUCAUUCUCACCCGACAUGAACUUUCUCCUUUUCACAAGUGAGCGAGAAGAUGGGCCGCACAGCAACUUAGAAGUGUGGGACUUGAAAGCAGAAAACUGUGUGACAAUGAUGAGAUGCCAUGAGGGGGAUAUAUACCAUCUUUUAUUUUCUCCCAAUGGGCAGACCUUUGCUUCUGUGCGACGGGGUGGCGGUGAAACACAGUUAUGGGACUGGCCAAGUCUUCUCAAAGAGCCUCUAGAGGACUCUAAAGAAACGACGUCACUCGUUCUAUCGCAUGAUGCAUCAACAAUAAUAGCGUCAUAUGGCAUUCACGAGUUGAGAGCAUGGGAUGCUGAGACGGGCGAAUUGCUCCACGAGAUACGCACUAAGGACCAAAUUUCCAGUAUACGGUCUUUCGAGUUUUCCCCCGAUUCUUCGUUUAUAGCAACGGAUGGAUGGGAUGAAGCGGCAGUAUGGGGUGCGCGAGAUGGCAACUGCGUGUGGCAGGUCAGCCAGCGUGACGAAAGGACCAGGGUGCAUUUCUCACCAGACUCUCAACGUAUAGCAGUAGGUAUGCAAAAUCACCUGGAUAGGGAGGGUCCUUGCGUUCAGGUCUGGAAGCGGACUAAUGGCACAUUUGAUCUCGAACAUACCUGGAACGAGACCUGGGUUUAUGACUUUUCAUUCUCUCCGAGUGGAUGCCUGUUGUUCGUAAAUCACGGAAAAGGGAUAAGGGGUUUCGACUGUGACACAGGCUCGCUUUUUCAUGAGAUAUCGUUUGACGGACACGAGAUAACCGUGGUUUCGAUGGCAAUCACCGACGAUUCUUCUACCCUUGCUCUUGGACUUCCAUCUGAGAUUCAAAUAUGGAACCUCGAGGCAAUGACAUGUACCAAGCAGUGGCGAACUAACUCAGGUUCCAAUUUAAUACUGUCUUCCUCGGGAACGCUUUUGGCUGGCCAGAUUAAUAACGACAUUCGAAUCUGGAAUUGGGCGACUGGGGAGAUACUUGCUGACAUUAAACUUUCUGAAAACGGCUGGAAGAUCGAUGCCUUUUCACCAGAUAACUCUGGGAUACGCACUAAUUAUGGAGUUAUCCCAACCGUCUCAAGCCAAUACCUCACACCAACGUUCAGACUUAGAAAAGACCGUAUAAAGUGGAAGGAAAACGAUUUGAUCGAGCUGCCGCGCGAUUUUCGAGGUAUUCGGACUGCCAUAUCAGCGACAGAUUCGGAAUUCAAUGUUGCAUUUGGAUAUAGCUCGCAAAGAGUUACUAUUCUCCAAAUCUCUGAGGAUGAGGAUUUGAGACGGUUGCUUCCUCUGAUCGAAGAGACUUGA